UCACAUGAUUAACUUUAGUUUAUAACGCGAAACGUUUACUUUUUCUUCUUAGAGUUGAAGUGAAUGUUAUAAAGGAUAAACCUCGGACUGUCAAAGGGCAAUAUGGACAAAAGACUGAUUUUCGUAGCUUGUUGCCUUUCUGCGGUCUACGCCGUAUUUCCCCCGACAUGCGAACUCGAGUGUGUGGCUGGAUAUAUUGGAGACAUUGCAGAAUGUCGAGUAGAUUUCCCGUACAAGCCUGCAGGACCCAAUAAGGACUUACAAUUGUGUUUACUCGAAGUCGAAUCAGAUAGAAAUAUCUGUAUGGUGAUGAAUAGGGAUCCAGCCUGUGUAGCAAAAGCUGCAACUAGCACAAUGCAUUUACCAUUUAAAAUGAACCUUACCAAGCCUCCCACUACAACCCCCGCUCCUACGACGACCACAACAACGACGACAACACCACCACCAAAGCCUUCAACAGCUCCAUUACAAGUCGGACCAGCGCUGUCACAACCAUCUCGUUCCGGCAAUCAUUUGAUACAACUAUACGUUGAUCCGCGCCAACAUCAGCAAACAAUGCAGAGUCCAUAUGGACUCGUGGGAAGACCCAACCAAGGUCAUUAUUCCCCUGUUGCCGUGGAACCACAACAACCAAUGCCAUCUGGUUUAACUGUCGCGCAAGCUCGACGUCAUCAACAAAUUCAAAAUAUGAUUCAAAGGAGUGCUCCACAAGCAUCAGUUUCACAAAGACCAGUUCCACAAGUCCGAAGCAGCAUACAACUGCCUGCCAGACCCAUGCCAAAACAAAUGCAACUGCCAUCUCAAAGUCCACCGAAGAGAACUCAUCUUCCACAACGAACUGGGCCUCAACCAAGAGUUGUACCACAGCAGCAACAACAGUCUUACUCAGUGGCCCGUACAAAUCCCAAAAUUAUUCAAAGAAGAUUGACUGUAUAUAAGUUGGCGAAACCAUUCAAACCAAAUUCAUUCAGCAGUCCCCAACAGUCUUUCUCUGCAGGAAACCUAUUUAGAGUAUAAAGUAUUCCUCAUAGACAGAAUUGUUUUUAUCCUUAUGGUUAGUUCGGAUGUUUUGUCUAGGAAAGGGUUGCAAAAGAAUAA